CACCGAGUGUUGCAGAUUGCUGUGCAGAAUUGGCGGCUGCAGCUGUUGCAGGGGUGCAGGUCUUCAUAACAGUCCCUGGUUUCUUCCCCUUCAUGAUGUGAUGUUGGGUGGCACUGAGGACAGACCGCUUUAGGACUGAACAAGACAAAAUGGUAUCCACAGGACUGCCUUCAGUACGUGCCACCAUUUUAUAGAGUAUUUCCAUUGGGUAACUACUUCUAACAGUAACACAAGGGGCUGAUUCUGGUUGGGACUACCAGCCGCAGAGGAGGAAAUUAAAAAAUGGUUAUUUUCUUAUGGAAGAGUUUCCAUCGAAUGCCUAAUGGGAGGUUGCUCUGGCAAAGAAAUGUGUCUCUGUAUAACCAUAUCCAUAGUUUUGAAGAGAAAGAAAUAAAGAAAAAACUACAGCAGUUUACCGGUGGGUCUAUCAACCUGUCAAAGAAGGAAGAUGGCAUUGGGAUACUUACCUUGAACAACCCAAAGCUAAUGAAUGCAUUCACAGGUACAAUGAUGAUAGAACUACAGGAAAAGGUUGCUGAAUUAGAAAACUGGAAGGAUGGAAAAGGACUUAUUAUCCAUGGUGCAGAAAAUACUUUUUGCUCAGGAUCUGAUCUUAAUGCUGUCAGGCUACUUUCCAGCCCACAGGAUGGAAUGAAUAUGUGUAUGUUCAUGCAAAACACCUUAACCAGACUUAUGAGGUUGCCUUUGAUAACAGUUGCUGUAAUUCAAGGAAAAGCUCUAGGGGGAGGAGCAGAACUGACCACUGCAUGUGACUUCAGGUUAAUGACCCCGGAGAGUGAAAUUAGAUUUGUCCACAAGCAGAUGGGCUUAGUACCAGGAUGGGGAGGAGCUGCCCGGCUUGUACAGAUCGUUGGUAGCAGCCCCGCCCUCAAGCUGCUCAGUGGUGCUGUGAAAGUGCUGCCAGAACACGCCCUUCAUAUUGGUCUGAUAGAAGCCAUCUUGUCUUCUUCUGAUGAGCCGCUAGAAGAAACAUGCACAUGGCUCAAGCUGCACACAAAGGGCCCAGCUGAAGUGAUUCAGGCUGUGAAGAAAGUAGUUGUGGCAGGAAGAGAGCUGCCGUUGGAAGCUGCCUUGAGAACAGAAAUGAAGAUUUUUGGAACUGUUUGGGGUGGGCCUGCCAACUUGGAGGCCUUAGCUCAGAGAACAAAACACACAUGAAUAAUUUUGAAAUAUAUAAAGGAAAUGGGUUUGAUCUCUUGCAGGCAAACUGGUGCCAGUAAUGGAUGUAUGGGAAGCAAUUAAGUUUUCUAUCUGUUCUUUGGGUAUUAACAUUCAAAGUUUCUUGUUAAGAAGAUGCUAUUUUGAAAGCACAAUUAAAAAAUUCUUGAAAAUACAGCAGUAGAGCUGGGAAUUGCAGUGAAGGAAUUUAGUGCCAGAAAGCACCAAAAUAUUCCAUCUCCAGCUACUGGUUACAUAUUACAGGUAAAAGUCAAGUGUGUGGAAGCUUGCAUAUAAGCUCACAUGCUCUCCUAAUUGUCUAUAUGUUGAUGUGUUUGUUGCAUUUGAGAGAUUUAUCUGACUUAUUUUCUCAAGCUUUGUUAUUGUUGUAUGUAGUAGAUAGAUUCCAUCAGGGCUGGCAGUAUGGGCAUCCAUUUCAAACAUAGUGAUUGAUACCCACUUGGCGCAACGUUAUUAUCACGAAGACUAAGGGCAAUUUCACACGUGCUGAAUAAUGCACUUUCAAUCCAGUUGUGAUUCACUUUGCAGUUGGGUUUUAUUGUGUGAAACAGCAGAAUCCACUUGCAGACCAUUGUUAAUAUGCAUUGGAAGUGGAUUGAAAGUGCAUUAUUCAGGGUAUGUAAAAGCACCCAGAGACAAAAGGGACAAGCUGUAUUUUAAGAUGAAUUUGCUGUCUCAAUCCAAGUUCUUUCUAGGGAUAUUUAGUGUUUGGUUCUUUCCUGCUGUCCCCUAGUUAUGCCAGGAUUCAGAGGAACUUAUUUUAUUCUAGCAUAACCUUACACCAGAUGCAUGAGCUAAUAUUUUAGGCACCACUACUUUGACAAGUUUUGAUAUACAGAUGGCGGGGAUAGAUGUAAAUGUCCUGCAUGCAGGCAAUUGGCUGCCUGACACACCAAGUAUAUUUGAAAAUAUUUCCCUUGAAUUAUUAGUGAGUUCUGUAUGAUACUCUUCAGUAGAUCUGCAUGAUACUCUUCAGUGGAUUGGCUUUUGAGACAUCAGUAUGAACUGAACACCUUAUCUUUAUUCCUCGUAUUUCAGGUUAAGGAGAGCUUAUUUGAAAGAAAUGUUUGUGCAACUAUCCUCCAAAGUAUCAGUGAAACUCUGCAAAUUUACAUGUGGGUAGGUUCCAUUGUUCUCAGCGUGCUUACUUGUUGUAGCCAGGUUCUAUGGGAGAGCAUUCUCCACACACCUUUUACGUGCAUAUAGAACUAGCAGCUGAACAAACACUUGUACAAAAAGUUUGUCUGACUCAAUAUCUGCCUCUCACAUGCGUUUUGACAAACUUUAAAAAACAUGUCUAAGCAGCUAAACUGAGCUGAAAUGAUCAAAGACCCAUUCAUACUUGAAUAGGCUAGCGUCAAGGUUCUGAAAUGUUUCUUUUCAGCUGUAAAAAGCAUUUUCAGAGCUACCAGAACUUCCUUGUAAACAAGAGUGUGACCAGUAGUUUUGUAUAUACCACAGGAUGUGUGCAGAAGUACAGAAACUUUCUUCAAAUUCAUGGGUUGUGUAAGAUUCUGUUAACACAAAACAGCUCCCAGUUACUGCUUUUGUUAGCUCUUCUGGAGCUGUCUGUUCUGUUAGUUUUCUCUUUAUGGCUAGUGGUUCAAGUAAGGGCCUGUCACAGCCAGUGGUGGCAGCAAACUACUUCCAUUGGAGCUUUGUUUCUUGGUUGGCUAAUCUUGACAACUGGGUGUACAACUGAUGAAGAUAUAAUGGAAUGCAUGCAGUUUGUGAGAUAUAGCAUUUUAGCAAAUUCAGCAAAUAUUCUUCAUGGCUGACAAAUUUUAGAAAGUGUGAGAGCAGAAGAUAACCAAAAUGUCUAUAGCUCAGCAAACUAGGUUCUCUGAACAAAUUAAUUCUUAUUGAGACAUUAUGGUACAAAUGUGCUACUUGGAGUCUGCUCCUUUCCUUGAUGAUUGCAUCUGGGUAUAAGCCAGAAGCCUGCAUUUGAUAGUCAGAAUGUUAGUGAACAUAGCUUAAAACACUCCCCUUAAAACUGAAGGGAAAGUCUGCCAGUGGUAGGUUUCUUUCCAUGUUCCAUUUAUGGAUUUUCAGCAAUUAUUAAAUGUUUGAGUUUCAUGUGAGAAAUUCUGUAUUCACCUGAAUCUGAGUUCUAGGUAAUUGGAGGACAAUCUGUACUUGAAUUAAAAGUCUGACCUAUAUUUUAUAAAUUUGCUUACAGUGAUAUAAAUUAUGUGUCUGAUAGCAAAAGCUAUUUUUAAAAAAUGUGUAUUUAGCAAAAAUGUGUACUUAGCAAAAGCUAUUUUUAAAAAAUGUGUAUAAUUCCUCCAAUUUCAAUAAUCAUAAGAUUAAAUACUUGAAGUCUACAAGAAUUGACUUAGUAUAAAAAGAGAACAGAAGAGAUGCAAAUUUGAAUUAGCUGCAUUUGCCUUGUGUGGGAAUGGGGGAAUAGAUUAAAUCUCCCCUCCAUAGCCCUCAGUUUUGGGCAAUUAGAUCUGGUUGGUGACAUGAGCAGAACUAGUUUAACAGCUGUAUCUACGAUGAAGGUGACACUUACCUGUAUUUUUCCAAACCUCAUCUGACAACUGGGAGAGCCCAGAAUUGUGUUAGCUUUUUUUUUAUUACACUGAUCUACUUGACUCAAAAUGAAUGUUGUCUAAUUCACUGCUGAAUAUUAAAACCUACUUAAGCUAUUA